UUGCCGUGAGCGUGGACUGAUCGAUGGAUGCAUUGGCAAAAAGGCUGUUCUGCUAUUCCAAGGGGUUGCCGCUCAUGGAGACCGCCAUAAGAACUACCACCACUCCAACUGCCUUGCCCUUCCCCACGCCUCGUGUUCGUCUCUAUCCUUUCGAGAAGGUUACCGGGGGCUAUCUCUUCUUUUCCCAGAAGACGAGACCCAUUCGAUCAUCCAUGUCUCCACCCUCGGCGGCAGCUGCACAGGAUGACGUGGCGCACAUCACCGCCUCUCUAACUCUAGCGGAAGCAAACACAGUGCGUGUCAAAUUUGUUCUGCAGAAGGAAUGCUUCUUUCUUCUUGUAGGGGAUGAUCCGGCAUUUGGGCUUUGGGACCCGUCCGAAGGAAUUUCCUUGGAAUGGUCUGAUGGCCAUGUCUGGACAGUUGAUGUGGUGAGACGAAGGACAAUAUUACUACUCUCAACCCUUUAUUUAAUGAGAACGAACAUCAUCAUCUUAUUGUUGAAACGCAGGAUUUACCCGUUAAAAAAGUCAAUUCAGUUCAAAUUUGUACUCCAAGGUUUCUCAGGGUCCGUGGAUUGGCAGCCUGGCCCCAACAGAACCUUACAGAUAUGGGAAACUACGAAGUCCAUUGUUGUCUCCGAAGACUGGUACAAUGCAGAGAAUCAGAACAUAUGUAUAGAACAACCACUCAACAUUCACGUGAAUGAAAUAAUCCCCGAUAUAGUAAGCAGUGGCACAGUUGUAUUGGAUAACGUAAACAAGUUGAUGGAAGGCAUGAAUGAUGAGAAGAGGCUGAAUGAUGGGGGAGAUCGGGUCCUGAUCCCAGGCUUGGUUCCUUUUCCUGUCUCAGGGGGGUGCUUCUGAGCUUCCAAAGGAAGCUGUAGUAGAUGAAGCUAAGGACUGCAAUCCAUCACAGGUUGUUGUUUGAUGAAAUGGCAAAUGCAAUAUUUCCACUUAUAGCAAUAAACUCAUCUUAGCUC